AGGUAGUCAAGUUGGAGGUAUGGUUCUCUACGUCGGGGAUUCUGGCGCCAAGAGUUUGAGAGAAACCGUGCCGCCAACCUUCAUGGACGAAGCCAACCAUCAAUUCAUCAACUGGAAUGACAGCGUCAGCGCCAAGCUAGUCCAGCCGUCUCUAGGCCGGGAAGCAAAGGCGUGGGGCGGAAAGUCUUGGGGCCUACGUCAUUCUUCGCGCGGAGAAGCUUCCCUGCGCAUCUGCGAGCCGCCGCCGAAACUAUCGGAGAUCCCGCGUCUAUUAGAUCAAGACAACAGCUAUUAUAUAGCACAAGGACGCAAAUUCAAAAGCGCGUGUUUUUGUCACAAAAUAUACACGCUGACAGCUUUGACCGACAAGAAGAUAUUGAAUGGAUCUCUACUUUAUCUGUUCUAA